AUGCCUCAAAGAACCAAUCUCUCUUUCUUUCAAAACUCAGAUUUCAAAAGGCUGCAGCAAAUCCCUUCCGAAAUUUCCUUCGAAUUCGGUAUUAAUCAUGAUUAUCUUCCCUUUAGUACGCUUGAUUUCUCAUCGAGUUCGCAAACAUCGAUGUCUGCGAACUCGGUGAAGUCAUCUGAUCAAUCUAAAGAAGUAUUGCAGAAUAAUAAGACGGAUCAAAAGUCAUAUAUAGGUGUAAGAAAAAGGCCUUGGGGGAAGUUUGCUGCAGAGAUUAGAGACACAACAAGAGGAGGCAAAAGGGUUUGGCUUGGAACCUUUGACAGUGCUGAAGAAGCUGCUUUAGCUUAUGAUCAAGCUGCAUUUUCAAUGAGAGGUGAUAAUGCUCCUCUCAAUUUUUCUGUCCAAAGGGUCAAAGAGUCUUUGCAAGAGAUGCAAUAUGAUUGUAGAAAAGGAUGUUCACCUGCACUUGCACUCAAGGAGAGACACUAUAACCAAAGAAAGUUGUCAUCAAAAGGUGUAAAGAAUAAUAAUAAAUCAGGAAAACAAGAUCAAUCAGAGGAAUCAUCAUCAUCAUCAUCAUCAUCAUCAAGUGUUUUGGUGCUAGAAGACUUGGGAGUUGAAUAUCUUGAGCAACUUUUAACUAUGUCUGAUAAUCCAAGUACAAACUUCACCAACUUCUAA